AUGCUACUUGUAUCCUAUUUGCUGGAGUUCAUUCAUGGAGUACGAGUGCCUCUUUUUAGUUCGAUCAACUACCUUUUUGUCUGUUGCUUCAUCUUAUUUGUGAUAACUUCUUAUCUGUGUUCGGAACUGUGCUAUCUCGCUACGCCCCGUGUUCAUCAGUGCAGCUUUAUGAACUCUUCAGGGAUGCAUCGAGAGGAAGGAGGCAAUGAAAACGUGCCUUUACUGAGGGAUGAUCAGCGAGCACAGUCGUACAUGGAAGGCGCAGGGAAUGACUUAGAGCCAACACAUCGGGGAAGUGUUGAAAGUGUGGAGGAGGCUGGCGAAAGACGUACUUCUGGAGCUACGGUGACAUGCCGUGUCUGUGAUGAGCAGAUUGAGCUAAACGGUCGUGACUCGCAACAUGUUGUGAAAUGCAAUUCGUGCCACGAAGCUACUCCAAUACGACCAGCUCCUGCUGGUAAAAAGUAUGUCCGCUGCCCAUGUAAUUGUCUUCUGAUUUGCAAAGCUGCAUCAACACGCAUUGCCUGCCCUCGAGGAAACUGUCGUCGUGUUAUAACACUUGGGCAUCGUGAACCGCAAGGCAGCGCUAUUCGUGCUCCAGCUGGAAGUUGCCGCGUGCAAUGUGUUCACUGCUCCGAAGUGUUCCUGUUUAACACUCUUAGCAACAGCUUAGCACAUUGUCCUCAUUGCAAGAAGAAGUCGACUGUAGGUGGUUUUGCCCGAAGACGCGCAUUAAUUUACUUGGUUACAGCAGUGACAACUCUUCUAUUCAGUGUGCUUCUAACUGUUAUGACAACGAAUACUGCAUCUAAUCACCCUGUUGUUUAUGAGGUUUGGGAGUAG